AAAAAAGUAAAAGAAGACAAAGAAUAGCCAACGAUCUUAAAUUGAUAUCCACAACUUAAGUAGUUUAAAUACUAUCAAAGAGAUAGAGCAUUGAAACCAAUAUCUCCACAUUCCCACCCACCCACUUCUUUUAUACUUGGUCUACCCACCAAUACUUUAUACUACCAAAAAAUUAUUAAAAAAAAAUUCCAAUAUUAUUAUUCAUACUAAUCCAAUAUUAUCCAAUAGAAUUCAUCUUCUUCCUUUUAUAUAUAUAUAUAUAUAUAUGAAGUACUCCUAUUAUUCAAUAUUCAUACUACCAAAAAAUAAUUAUAAAAAAAAAGAAAAGGAAAAAUGGGACAUAAUCUCUUACAAGCAUUGAAUGUAAGAGUAGAAGGAAUGGGUGAAAAUUAUUUGGUGUUAGCGAAUGGUUUUGGAACAGACCAAUCGGCAUGGCAAAGAAUCUUGCCUUAUUUUACGCCAUAUUAUCGAGUGAUUCUCUACGAUUUAGCCUGCGCAGGAAGCGUGAAUCCUGACUUCUUCGAUUUCCGUCGAUAUACGACGCUUGACGCUUAUGUUGACGAUCUGCUUGACAUUCUUGACACUCUUGGCGUUACUUCCUGCGCUUAUGUCGGCCAUUCUAUCUCCGCUAUGAUUGGUCUUCUCGCUUCUAUUCGUCGCCGCCAUCUCUUUUCUAAGCUCAUCCUUAUUGGCGCUUCACCUAGGUUUUUGAACGAUGAUGAUUAUCAUGGAGGAUUCGAAGAAGCAGAGAUAGAAACAGUAUUUUCAGCAAUGGAGGCAAAUUAUGCAGCAUGGGUGAAUGGGUUUGCUCCAUUAGCAGUAGGAGCAGACGUACCGACUGCAGUGCGUGAAUUCAGUCGCACACUGUUUAAUAUGCGGCCUGAUAUUUCUCUUUUUGUUUGUAGGACCGUUUUUAAGUGUGAUUUUAGAGGUGUGCUUGGACUUGUUAAAGUUCCUUGUUACAUUAUCCAAACAGCUAAAGAUAUGUCAGUUCCUGCAUCUGUUGCUACGUACAUGAAAAAUCACCUUGGGGGUAAAAGUACUGUUAUUAUGCUCAAUACUGAAGGCCAUUUGCCCCACCUUAGUGCUCCUGCGCUCUUGGCUCAAGCCCUUCGACGAGCACUCGCGCAAUAAUUGUUUGUUAUAUUUUUUGUGCGUGUUGAUUGUCAAUAAUGUUAUAUUAUUAAGAUUAAGAUUUUGACAUCAUUGUUGUAUGUGCUUAUUUUGUCGAUGGUUAUGAUGUCAAAUAUUCUAUAUUAUGCCAUUUUCGUAUAA